AUGAUGCAGUGCCUGUUCCUGGAGGAGCGCGUCUCCGUGGAGGGGUACGUGGUGCUUCUCGCCGAGACGUUUCGCCCAGCAUUUCAUACGAUACAAUCGUUACUUACGACCAUUGCGGAGCCGACCUCGCGGCCCUCACUGAUGCAUGAGUACCGCAUGACACCCUUCUCGUUGGGGACUGCGGUUUCCGCCAGCAUCCCUGUAUCUGAUGUGGUUGGAUUUUUGGACGCUUAUGUCUACGGCUUCCGUGCUGAGGGGGGUAACUCGCGUCGGGCUCGCGUUUGCGCCUUUGUGGAGACGUGCAUGAGUCGAUACAAUUUGGCUCGCAUUGUGAUUGACGAUACACGCACAUUUGUGGAGUGUGAGAACGUUGAAACGGCGGAGGCGCUUUUGGCAGAUCCGGUGGUGCGGUCGCUAUGUGCUGAACCACCCAAGCUUGUUUCUGCCGCAGAUCACUCUAUUUUUAUGCUGAGAAGCCGCGCCGUCGCAAGGCUGGUGGCGGAGCGUUGCGUUUUGCUUGGAUUUCCUCUUCAGCAGCAGUACGACUACGAGGCAGACGAGAGCAUUCGCAACAUCCACAUCAUGCUGAAGACGCAGACGAAACCGCGGCCGUACCAAAUUGAUGCUGUCAACGCCGCAGCGACGGGAAGUUCUUUGCGAAGUGGCUGCAUUGUGCUGCCGUGCGGCGCGGGUAAGACGCUUGUGGGGAUUAUGCUUUUGUGCAAGGUAAAGAAGCCGACCCUAAUUCUUUGCGCGGGAAGUGUGAGUGUUGAACAAUGGAAAAAUCAGAUUUUAGAAUAUGCCAGCAUCUGUGCUCCUGGCACUGGCGAGGAAAUGACUGCCGCUGAACGGCAUCGGUCGACAUUGGAGGGGGCUGCGCGUAUUGCCUGUUUGACUGGAAAACAAAAAGAUCCGAUCACGGAAGAUACUGAUGUUGUGCUCACGACGUACAGCAUGUUGGUGACAGCACACCGAGCGCAGAUGCGGCAGCAUGCGGGAUGCGCAAUUGGGUCUACAGAUGAUCGACCCCAGAAGAGACGACGCCCGAAUCCAAAGGAGAAGCUCUUUCAGCCCUAUGGUCUUCUCAUUAUGGAUGAGGUUCAUGUCAUGCCAGCGGAGGCGUACAAGGAAAGCUUGGGCCUUGUUGACGCCAAGGGCGUGGUGGGACUAACGGCCACAUAUGUCCGGGAGGAUGCAAAAAUCCGGGAGUUGUUUCACCUGGUGGGGCCGAAGCUGUAUGAUGUGUCGUGGGAGACGUUGGCGUCAAGCGGCUAUCUGGCUAAUGUGACUUGCAUUGAGGUGUUAACGCCGCUUACGAAGCAGUUUAGUCUUGAAUAUAUGGAACGCAGCAGCGAGGACCGCACACUGCGGCAGCGGAAGAUGCCACUGCUUGUCAUGCUGGCCGCCGCAAACCCUAACAAAAUGCUAUGUGUUCUUGAACUUGUUAGAAGACACAUUGCGGAGUCAUCAAAGAUUCUUGUUUUUUGCGACCAUCUUCUGCUUCUUAAGGAGUACGGGAGUCUUCUUCACGCCCCUGUCAUAUGCGGGGAGACGCCGCAUCGUGAACGGUUAAUGAUUUUUUCUGAUUUUCAGAGCACCUCGAAGCUAAAUGUCAUUUGUUUGUCGCGUGUGGGGGAUGUUAGUGUGAAUCUCCCAAGCGCUAAUGUGGUGAUACAAGUCUCCAGUCAUGGCGGCAGCCGACGACAAGAGGCGCAGCGCCUUGGGAGGAUUUUGCGCCCCAAGGCGAGAGCCAGUAACGGCAAGGUGGUGGACGCGUGGUUCUACACCAUCAUUAGCACAGACACGCUGGAGAUGGCCUACGCGGCACACCGCACAGCGUUUCUUGUGGAUCAGGGGUACACGUGUCGCAUUAUGGAAUUUCGCCCGGACGACCUUUCGAAAAAAGAGUUUGAUGCCGUUGCUGCCAUCACAGAACCAGGCGAUGUUGUAAGCAUGAAACAGGAGAAGCUGCGAAGCGCCUUGCGGGAAAGGGAACUGCGGUGUGAGUCCUUGACGGCACCACAGGGCUGUGUGGAUGCCCGAAAUCUGGACUACCAGCUGAAUCUCUUGUCCCGGGUUGUUUCCGGCUGGGAGUUGGACUACCACAGCUGUGCGUUGCAGCAGCCAGCGCCAGGGCACGCCGGACUUUGGCAAGACGACGACAAAGAGAAUGACGUUGUGGAGGUCGCACCAGAAAGGGAUUUGGCUGCAAUCAAGCGGGAAUGGGCUGUGGGAAGUGGUAUUGACCACCUUCACUUGAACCACAGCUGUACUUCUUUGCAAAGCCUAGUCAGCAUUGAUGAAAAUUUUGUGUACCACGAGCUCUAG